AUGGUCAAUGAUUUACUUGAAGCUUGGGUUGAUGCUAAUAUUCUAUUAGAAAACUUUAAUAAGUUUUGUGAGUUUUUAGUUAAAUAUUGUUAUGAAGGUAGUAUUAUUCCAGGUUUAAGUGCAUUAAAAAAACAGUAUUUGAUAAAAGUAUUUUAUAAGUAUAUAGAAAAACUUCAAGAUGAAUUUGUAGGAUUAUCUGUUGCCAUAAUUAUUGAUAAGACAACUAAUAGCUAUGCUCAUAGUAUUAUUAAUGUUUUAUUCAGUUAUAAAGGAAAGUUAAAGUUAGUUUCAGUAGAAUUUUUACAAGAAGUUAAUAAUACUAGUAUUGAUCAACUUGUUUUAUGA